AUGGGUAGUUCAUGCUGUGCAAAGUUAUAGAGUGAAAAGGAAAUACAACAAGUAAUUAAAAGCAGCUAUAAUCCAUCCUUAACUAGCAUAAAAUCUAGGGUUUUCUUUUCAAAACCUUUACAGGAGGUUCAAUAUGUCAGUCAUGUUUUAUUAAAUAUUGACGAAGAACCAGUUGAAGAAAUAAAAGAAGACAUUAAGGUGUAAGGAUUAUCCCCAGGAGUAAUUAACCUAAAUAAAAAAUUUCUUCAUAUGUUGGAAUGA